GUCUUUUUCAGGACGUCUGUAACUUUCACUUUCAGUUGUCUCUUAUCACACAACUUCAGAAAGCUCUCAGACUGGGCGUCUCCUCUGCUCUGAGCAUGCUCAGUUGCUCAGUUCGUCUCUUCGCCUGCUGCCUCACACAGCUUCUGCAGACCAACGAGUUUCUGAUCAGCUGAUCACAGUUUGAGGAGAACCAACACAAAAUGGCCUCUGGUCCAACAAGAAGACUGAGCAAAGAACUCCCUCCUGAUCUGUCUGAAUUAAUGGACAGAAUAAUUAAAGAGGCAGCUUCAUUCAUCAAAGAAUUUGACUGUAAAGAACCAAGAAUGAGAGAGAUUGUACGAGAGUUUAUGAGGAUUGUUGAUGAAAUAAAAACGAUGCAGGAGAGAACAGAUACAGCCAGAACAGCAGGAACUGCUACUGCAGGAGCCGGACUCGGACUCGGACUCAUUGGGGUCUUUGCAGCUCCGUUCACUGGGGGGUUGAGCUUAGCACUAGCAGCAGCAGGAGGAGCAGCAGCAGUAGGGGGAGGAGCUACUGUUGUUGGUGUGAACGUAACAAAAACUCUAAAAGAGAACGGAAGUGCAAAGAAAGUAGAAGAGCUGGGGAAAGAAUUCGUGGAGCUUGUUGAACCUCUGAAGAUCAACCUGACAGAAAUAAAGACGACAUGUGAAAAGUUGGAGAAAAAAUCAUCUGAAGUUCAGGCUGGAAGCACUCUGUCAGGGGUGGAGGAGUUUCAGUGGAUCCUUAGACGAGUGUCUGAACUGAGGAAGAGGAGUGAAGAAACUGUGAAUGUAGCUGUAGCAGUGCUGGGGUUCAUAGGUAACCUGUUAAUGUUGUUUGUGAAAGUGUUCAGAUUCACUGCGAACCCUGAAGAGGAUGAAAAGUUAAGAGUCUCCAUCAUUCAGUCAGCUGAUCAGUGUCAGAAGGUCGUUGAUGAGUUUGAUCAGAUGAAGAAGGAACUUAAAGACUUUACAGGAAGAUGAAGAAUGGAAAAAUACAAGCUCAUUUUACAAAGCCUGGUUGUAUAAUGACAAUCAGCUCAAAUAAAUGUAUAUAAAUAUCACUGCUAUGCUGACGAUGCACUAAUCUACGUUUCCAGUUUAACUGCUAUUAGGAAAGAGAUGACCUGUAACUUUCUGCAGCUAAUCAGAUAAUAAUGUUUGAUUCUGAUCACUCACAUCUGAGUUUGCUGCAUUUCCAUCUGUUCUUGUGCUUUUAGUGUAUUUUAAUGUCUAUAGUGUAUUUUGUUUUUAAUUUUUGUUUUGGUGCGUUGAGCUGGACGGACUCACAGAGAAUGAGCUAUCAAUCACAAGGUAGCCCCGCCCUAAAGCAUACCCUGCUUUAUGGUCUGUUUUACUCUAAAUGGGACCAUCAGUUACUAAAUGAACAUCAUGCUGUAUGGAAGAAGACUGAAACUAGAGACUGAGACCAGAAACUCAUCAGUAAACUGUUUACUGAGCUCAUGAAUCAACUGAGAAGUCAGUGAGUGUUUUAUUGCAGCCAGUGGAGAUCAACUGAACUUUGACCCACACAUCAACAAUCUCAUUAAAUCCUGAUACUUCCACCUAACAGACAUUACCAAAGUUAAAUCCUUUAUGAGUUCUCCUGACUCGUAGGUCACACAUCGUUCAGAGUCUCUCCUCCUUUCAUAGGUUGUCAGUUUGGUUCACGAUUGAUUUCAAGAUUCUAGGAGAUCAGCACAUUCCCUGCUUUAAAUCUUAUAAAACAUAUUUUCACUCGAAAUACUUUUAUGAUGUCUGACUUGUAAGUGUUUGAAUUUCUUUAUUGUCAUACUUUAACUGUGUUUUAUGAUUACUUAUAUUUCAUCUUUGAAUUACAAAAUAAAACAGGAAAUAACAAAAGAAAACCCAAAA